UUAUUUAAUAUUGUAGUAUUAAUUGUUAAUAGAAUAAGUUAGUCAAGAUGAGUAUACAAGUAUGUAGAGACACAUCAGAUGCUGUGGUGCUCUACUUGCCACAGCGUUUGUAUUUAAAAUCGUUUGCAAAGCUAAACAUUUCUGUCCAGCUCCCCGCGCACAAGGUACACGGGAAAUCGUUAUCGAAUUGGGAAUUGAUGGAGAAAUUGAGGAAAAUGAUCCAACCUGAUAACUUCUCGGUGUUGAAAGUGUCAAAGCACAGUUCUGAAGUGAUUAGGUUCGAUGCGGAGCUCGAGAAUCGUCAGAAGCUAGAUCGCGUUCUGGCACGUCUCGAAGACAGAAUAAUACAGUUAACGGACUACCCAGAUCCAUUAAAAGUAAAGGUUUCCGAAGCAAAAUCAGAUUUUCCGAGCCGUCAUACUUGGGACUCGUUUUUCCGUGAUGCGACUGACAUGGAUGAGAUGAAACCAGGCGAGAGGCCCGAUACGAUACAUAUAAAGAAUUUACCAGUCAGAUGGUUUGUUCACGACCGGGAUGAGGAUAACGACGCACCACCUUCUGAAAGCAUAUUCAAGAAAGUGUUCGAAAGGUAUGGAGCAGUGCGGCAGGUGGAUGUCCCAGUGGCGGAUCCUUUUCGUUUGCAAAUGAAGGCUCAAAUGAGAGGCAUAACGAUGCCUGUCCAUGAUGCCGCUUUAUACUUUGAAGGAUAUGUGCAGUUUACUGAAUAUGCUGGUUUUGUUAGAUGUAUGGAUUCAUUGAAAGGUAGGAAACUGUUAAGGAAGAAUGAGGAGUUAGCUGAGUGGUGCAGUAUACAAGUGGACUUUGAUAGGACAAAGCAUAUGACAGAUGCUGCAGUUAAAAGAAGGGCCAUUGUUCGUGAGAGACUGUCAGCGAGGCAGAGAGCUAAGGAGGAGGAGGAAAAACAGGAAAAAGAGAAAAUAGCAAGACGAGAGGCGAGAGAAAGACAAAAAAUUGAGCACCGUGAAAAAGAGAAACUCACAAAGAUGCGAGAGAGGGAAGAAAGAAGGAAAAAGAAGCAGCUGGCUAAAUUAAUGGCAAGAGAGGAUGUAGAUCUCAAUAAGAAGGUCGUAGAGGAACAGAGGAAGUUAUUGAAGGCUCAGAAAAAACUACAAGCUGUUAGACUGAUAGAGGAAUUGUUUAAAAGAAUUGAGCUGCGUCCAGAUCUCCAACAGAACAGCAAGAGGCCACAACGCUACUAUAAUGCUAGCGAACGUCUGGCUAGGCAGAGAAUAGUUGACAAUUUUAAAAGACAACAGGAGAAAGAUCUUGAAGAACAGAGGGAGAGGCUAAAGCAUGCAAUGGAUGGUCGUAUAAUAAUCAGAUCAGCGUUAGAAACAAAGAAACCCAAAAGGGACUCGUCAAUCAGUUCAAUAUCGGAUGACGAGCGACAUAAGCGCGUUAAAACUGAGAAACUCACGACUCCAGAGAGGGAGAUUAUUUACAACAAGACUGCCGCAGGAAUGUACGGUUAUCCGGCUCCCUAUACCUUCGGCUAUCCAUUUCCCGCCGUCGCGCCUCAGUACGCCUACCCGCAAACGUCAUAUUACGCGGUGCGGGGCGCGUACUUCCCGGAGAUGAGGGCAAGAGGAAGGGGUCGGGGGCGUGGGCGUGGACGAGGGAGACUGCCGUACUUCGAUGGACCAGAUGCUACUCAUCAGUAUUAUCAAUACUUCAAGAAGCUGACGCAAGCGGAGCACCGCCACGAGCACGACUCCCGCUCCCGCUCCCGCUCCCGCUCCCGCCCCCGCUCCCGCUCUCGCUCCCGCUCCCGCUCCCGCUCGCGGAGGUCGCGCUCCCGGAGCAGGCGCUCGCGCAGUCGGCGGCGGUCGCGCUCGAGGUCUAGGGGGAGGUCGCGCUCGAGGUCGAGGUCGAGGACGAGGAGGUCGAGGUCUCACAGCCGUUCAAAAUCAUGGUCACGGCGAAGUUCUAGGUCGAGGAGCAGACGUUCAAAAUCUCGGUCGAAAUCAAAGCACCGGACUCCCACUCCCAAACACGAAGUGUCUCGUGAAGUUAUGGCCUUGAGGCGGUCGAAAAGUUGGUCUCUCCCCAGGGAGUGAAGAAAUGGUCGAAUAGUCCUGAAAUUAAAUAUAUUAAGAAAUAAUAAAUUAUAUAAGUCU